GUAGCAAAAGAGUUUUUAAUGUUAAUGAAGUUCAACUUACCCAUAUUGAGUUGAUUUUAUCUGUGGUUAAGGGUCACAGUUUUGUUUUGUUUUUGCAUACGGAUAUCCAAUUCUCCUGCGUCCACUUGUUGAAAGGGGCAGGUACCUUUGAGCAGUGAAGCCUGCACAAGCCCCGGGCGAUCCCGCCAGCGGUCAGACUGCAUGGGGUUGAGCAAAUGUGGUAGCGUGUUGGUGCUCCGUGGUGAGCAAAGAAAGGAUGGGCGGAUUACCAAGGGCCUUGGUCUGGUCUCAGUUCCUUUUGGACGUAAUUUGUGCCAGGGCUGGUUUUUUUGUGGUGACUCUGGGCCGGACUACGAUUCCCAGCAUGCACUGCGCUGGCCUGCCCCCUGCGGAGGGGCAAAGCUAGACAGACCUGGAAGUGUGGCUGCGAGGGAAAGGCUGGGACACGGUUUCUGGUACGGAGAUCGAUUUCUCAAGGUUUUGGCCUGCACGAGGGACUAGCGAGCCGAACCGUGAGACGUACUACCUCCCCACUCAGACACACCCCCGUCCUCUGACCCGCCGUAGCCUCCCUCUCCGAUCGAGACCGGACUCGUUUCUUCCUCCGGUUUCCCGCGGGGACUAACCCUUGAAGACGACCAACCGCAGCCGAGAGUUUUGCCGGCCGGGCCAACCAGAGGUGUCAGGGCCCAGCCUCGGCCACCAUGUCGCACCAGACCCCUCUGGGCUCCUCAGUGCCACACGCCAGCUGCCUAGACCUGUGGAGGGAAAAGAAUGACCAGCUAGUUCGACAGGCCAAGGUGGCUCAGGACUCGCGUCUAUCUCUGAGGCGACAGCAGUUGGCUCAAGAUGCACUGGAAGGGUUCAGGGGACUCCUCCAUAGUCUGCGGGGGCUCCCUGCGGCUGUUCCUGUUCUCCCCUUGGAAUUGACUAUUACCUGCAAUUUCAUUACCCUGAGGGCAAGCCUGGCCCAGGGUUUCACUGAGGACCAGGCACAGGAUAUUCAACAGGGCUUGGAGAGAGUGCUGGAGACCCAGGAGCAGCUGGGGCCCAGACUGGAAUGUGGGCUCAGGGGGCUGUGGGACUCUGUUCUCCAUUAUUCCUCCCUUCUGCUGGAGCUGCUGCCUGCCCUUCACCACCUGGCUGGCCUGCAGGCUGCCCUCUGGCUAAGCACUGACUGCCUUGGGGACUUGACCUUCCUGCUGCAGACCUUGAAUGGCAACCAGAAUGAGGCCUCUCGGAAUCUGCUGCGGCUUCUGAAAACUUGGAGCCCCCCAGCUGAGGAGACAAAUGCUCCAUUGACCCUGCAGGAUGCCCGGGGCUUAAGGAAUGUCCUUCUUACUGCUUCUGCCUUUCGCCAAGGCCUCCAGGAGCUGAUCACAGGAAGUCUGCCCAGGGCACUGAGCAGCCUGCGAGAAGCAGCCUCAGGUCUGUGCCCACGGCCUGUGUUGGUCCAGGUGUACACGGCUCUGGGGACCUGUCUCCGUAAAAUGGGCAAUCCACAAAGAGCUCUGCUGUACUUGGUUGCAGCCCUGAAAGGGGGAUCAACCUGGGGUCCCCCACUUCUGGAGGCCUCCAGGCUGUAUCAGCAACUGGGGAACACGGCAGCAGAGCUGGAGAGUCUGGAGCUGUUGGUUGAGGCCUUGAAUGUCACUCACAGUUCUGAAGCCCCCCAGCUUCUCAUUGAAGUAGAGUUAUUACUCCCCAGACUUCACCCAGCCUCACCCCUUCAUUGUGGCACACAGAGCCAGGCCAAGUACUUGCUAGCAAGCCGAUGCUUACAGGUGGGAAGGGCAGAGGACGCUGCAGAGCAUUAUUUGGACCUGCUGGCUCUGGUGCUGGAUGGCUUGGAGUCAAAGUUCUCCCCGCCCCCUUCCCCCACAGGGCCUUGUAUACCUGAGGUCUUCUUAGAGGCAGCAGCAGCACUGAUCCAGGCAAGCCGAGCCCAGGAUGCCUUGACUGUAUGUGAGGAGCUGCUCAGCCGCACGUCAUCUUUGCUUCCCAAGAUGCCCCAGCUGUGGGAAGAUGCCAGAAAAGGAACCAAGGAGUCACCACACUGCCCAUCCUGGGUCUCUGCCACCUACCUGCUUCAGGGUCAAGCCUGGGUGCAGCUGGGGGCCCAAAAAGAGGCAAUUAGUGAAUUUAGCCGGUGCCUUGAGCUGCUCUUCCGGGCCACUCCUAAGGACAAAGAACGAGGGCCUGCUUCCAAUGGUGAGAAGGGUUGUGUAUCAGAUAUGACACUACAACAGCUUCGGGCAGCUGCCCUGAUUAGUCGUGGACUGCAGUGGGUGGCCAGUGGCCAAGAUACCAAAGCCCUACAGGACUUCCUCCUCAGUGUGCAAAUGUGCCCAGGUAAUCAAGAUGCUUCCUUUCACCUGCUUCAGACUCUGAGGAGGAUGGAUCGGAGGGAUGAGGCUACUGCUCUCUGGUGGAGGCUAGAGGCCCAAACUAAGUUGCCACAGGAGAAUGCUGCAUGGUCUCUCCCCCUGUACCUAGAAACCUAUUUGGGCUGGAUUCGUUUCCCUGACCGUGAAACUCUUCUUGAGGAGUUUCAGACAUCUCUGCCGGAGCCUUGUGAUCUGUAGCUGCCACAUUUUAAAGAGCCUGAGCUGGGGCUCCAGUCACCCAUUUCUCUGGGGGAGGGGUUUUCUGCUUUACCAUUCUUGGGGGAUGUGGGUGAAACUAAUUAUUCCUAUAUAAGUCUGGCAUUGGAGAAGUUGGUAGUAGUCCUACAAAAUUUGGCCUAGUUACUGCCAUUCUGGUUCCAGAGGAAGCCCGCUUGCCACCAUAAAGGCAUUAACUUUGCUUAUGACACCUUUUUCCCUGUUCUCCUUUUAAUUGUGUUGAGUAAAAUUUCAUAUUUAUC